AACAAAUUUUUUACGUCAAUCAACCGUAUUAGUUUUCAAUUUUUUGCAUAAUAAAGGCGGAAAAUUGGAAAAAUAAAACCUUAGACACCAUAUAGUACAUUCUUGGUUGCCUCGUGCAACUUCAGCAGCAGCUCCCGCGUAAACCAUUUCACCAUUUCAAUUUUCUCGGAUAAUAAAUACAUUUUUAUUUUCUUUAACAAAUUUUAUAAACGAAUUUUCUAUUACAAGCAAUAAAUGUGAUAGCAAAAAUAACAGAAGGGUUAAUUUUUGUUUUAGAAAAUUCCAUGGCAUCGCAGAUUAUUGAAAAAAAUGCUAAAGAAAACACUAAUAAAUAUGGUUGAUUGGGGUAAAAGAAAUUUUUCUACAAAAAACUUCAAUACAUUUGUGCUCUAAAAUAAUUUGGGGAGCCAAUAAUCGCAUGUUAUGAAUGUUACAUUGAAUUCCCUAUGAUGCGUUACGCAAGUCACCAUCCUGUAUAGCAAUUUGCAUCUCUUGAAAGUGAUUUUUAUGUUUUUUUAUACUUUGUAAAGAUCUGAUUUCAAUUUCUGUAUUUUAUUUUUGUGUGUUCCGUUUAAUAAGGUAGAUGGAAUUUGGAAACGCCAUUUAAAAACUUCAUUAGCAUUUUUAUUAAAGUAGUAUUGAUGCGACAAACGCUAAACGUUUGUUCUUACUAGGGCUGAAUAGUUAAAUUGAUGUGUUUUCUCACGCCCAUCGGAUGGGAAAUUUUGCUGUAUGAGUAUCAUACAAUGCAAGUGUACUAAGCAGUUAAUUUGGUUUAAGAAUCUGGAAAUUAUACCAUGUAAGAUUGCCGGGUUCACAUUUAUGACGAAAUUUAUCUAAUAUUCAAACAUUCUCUUGAUUUUUUGGUGCCCUUUUACGUUUUUUUGUACAAAUGAGGUAUCAAAAAUGAGUUGCUGUCGAGCCACCUUUGGAAUUUUUGUUUACAUGAAAAAUCGUAUUUAACUUGAACUUCCUAAGGCGACUCGACAGCAACUCAUUUUUGAUCGCCUAUUACUUACUGAAUUGAACCCCCGUAUUAAAAUGCAAAUGUAACUUAAUAAUUCAGCCUUAGUUAAUUAUUGUAGUAUAAUGUGAUUAAACAAUUGUGAUAUCCUAAAUGAUUUACUAGUAACAAGAAGCGAUUGAACCUAAUAAUGUUAAAAUGCUGAUGGGUUUGUAGUUGAAUGAUUUCAUCUUUUUAGUUUUAUUACGUAAAACGUUUACAUAUUUGUUGAAAUUCAUUUUGUGCACGUUUCAACAACUGCUUUACAUGCAAAACAAAAUCCUGUCUCUGUUGAGUACUACGAAAGUGCACAAUGUGAAUGUAUCUAUUGUGUAAAAUCAGUCAUUUGUAUAUAUAUUCGAAUCGUUGCAUAUAAGUAUUUGAUAUUGUUACCUAAAAAUUUUCUGAAAUAUUUAUGAAAAAUAAAAUUUAGAAAUCAAAAUGGCUGUUUCUAUUUGUCAUGAAUAUUACAAAUGUUGCUUUAGAAUGUCAAGAAAUUAUUUCCAUUGCAUAUACACAGAUAUGCUUAGCACUUCUUCUAAGAGCUGGCUUAGUUGCUGUUCAGCUUGGAACCAUUCCAUCUCAAAAUAUAUACAAAAUAAUUUUAUAUAAUAUUCUAGAUAUUGCGAUAUCUGUUGCAUUUUUUGGCACCGUUGGAGUUGUUUUUGCAUUUGGGGAUGAUAAACUUGGUGUAAUUGGCUUCAAACCUUGGUUUUCAUUGGAUAGCAUAAAUAUUUACAGUAUAGUAACUGGAUUUUCUUCUUGUCUAAUCGCAAAUGGAAUUAUUACAACAUGUCUAGCGGGACGCAUGCACUUUUUUGGUUUUGUUCUUUUGAACGUGCUACUUUCAACGAUCUUACAACCCAUGGUGAUGCAUUGGGUAUGGCACAACAGUGGAUGGAUGCAAGCAAAAGAAUUUCUUGGUAUCAAAGUGUCUUUUAUGGAUUAUUUUGGAUGCCUUGUAAUUCAUAUAUAUGCGGGAACUAUCGCACUCGUCGGGGGAAUAUAUCUUGGUGGACGUCUUAUUUUAUUAGAAGAAAUUAGUGAAAUGUCGAUUGGUUUAGAAUCACCUAGCAACUCUGCCAUGGGUUACAUUUUUGUAAUAAUAGGGUUUAUCGUUUUUGCACCGCCACUACUAUCGCCAAAAGCAACAGUAGUGAACAACCUUGUAGCGUUUGGAUGUGGUAUGCUGAGUGUAAGCGGAUUACAGUUUUUGGUUUGCAAGCAAGACGUAACUUAUUGGAAUGUGCUUAAAUGUAUACAAGGCGCCGUUGCAGCAAUUACAACAGUUGCAGGCGGAGUUCAUUUAUAUUCCCCCUUAACUACAGUAUUGUUGGCUUCAUGUGGUUCUACAGCCUUUUAUUUUGCACAAAUUGUACUGGAAAGUAAAUCAUCGAUCGAAGAUUAUUCUAAUGUUGUUGCAAUUCACCUUGUAUGUGGAUUCUUGGGUUUAGUAAUGGUCCCAUUAAUCAUAAUGCAGAAUGUGACUGGGAUGGUUUUCUUCCUGUGGCAUAUAAUAUGCAUUUUUGUAACUAUAGCUGUACUUGCUGUAGUAAUUGUUCUUUUUUUAUUUCUUUUGCAUACAGCAGGAAUACUUAGAAGUACAACAGAUGAAAAAAAUCAUCAACGAUCACUAGUGGUUGCCAAUAAAACUACACACAAAAAGUGUUCUCAGAGGCUUUUCCAUCUGAAUUUAAAUGCGCCACAGAUCGAACCAGGAUCUAGGAAAAACUUCAAACAGUCGAUUACUAUUGACGCCUAAAAUAUUGAAAAUCAUCAUUUCACUGAUGGGAACAAGUCACAGGAUUGGUUUUGAAGCUAUAAAACACUCAUUCUGACAUUGUUCUGCUUUUUACAAUGGUUUAUUGAAAUAAAGCUAUUGUUGCCUUAACAUAUCUCUAUUAUAUGGAUUUUCUUUUCUGCAAGAACCACAGACAUAGUCAGGCUCUCAAUAUUGUCUAGUCUGAGCUUGUCGGGGUGGUACACAGUCAGAUGCACUAGUUUAGUUUGUAGACAUGGAAACCCUGUGCAAUCUGCAAUUUGGUUGGAAUCAACUGGAUGCAAAGCGGUCUCAUGAUCUCAUCUUGCGAGUUUUCUGGACCUGGGAACCCAUCAGUGGUAAUGACUAUGACCAGCAGGUAGGGCUGUUCUGGAACCCGCAAUGCUAGAUGGCCCAAAUGUUUACACUAUUACACGCUUUAAUAAUAAUGGAUUUUAUCGAUUAGGAAAAAAAUAGUUCCCCUGUCUAAAAAACGUGUAAAACACGCUUUACUUGACCCCGUAUACUUAUUUUGGAAAUGGAGAUUAUGCAACAAUCAUUACAAAAAAACUUUUGUAAAAGCAUAUUUCUGAUAACUAAUGGUCGUAUGCACCGACAAAUUUAAGUGAGGCUUAGCUUGCACGUAGCGUAUAAUUCAUGGCAACAAUUAUUGCGACAGUGAUUGCUGUUCACUGCUUAUACCUAGUUUAAGAGUUAGCCCAUACCAUUGAAUUUAUAAUAGCCAACACUUUGCCGUCGCGCUGGCAGAGUUAGUAGGUACUUAUACGAAUUCACGUAAACUGGGACCAAUUUGUUUAUUGUAUAAAUUCAAUGCCAAUACUAACGAUCACAUUUAGUCACUUUUGUCAGUUGUAGUUGUCUGUACAUACAGAUUUGAUACCAUUUUGAUCUCUUUCAAGUCGCAGCACCCUAUAGUAUGACUAACGAGCGAUCAAAAAUGAGUUGCUGUCGAGUCGCCUUGUGAGGUUCCAAAUACAAUUUCCCCAUGUAAACAAAAGUUCCAAAGGUGACUCGACAGCAACUCAUUUUUGAUCGCACAGCAUUUAGUAUUUUGCCAUGAUAUAUGAACU